AUGUUGCCAACUCCAAGCAGUUCAGAAUUGAGGUCAGAAUUGAGGCUUACUGAACCUCUGUCCUUUCCUUCCGCAUCAUAUAAUGGAGGCGUUUCAAAUCAGAUAUUGGUCACUGAUGCUCAGCUGACAGGAGACUGGAAACAUGCAAUGUGUGUGGCCAAAGAUAUGCUGUAUUUGGAAGUGAUGCCCCACUGCCCCCUUUGUCAGCCGCCAGUUCUGCUGUGCUUCCGGUUUCAUUUCAGAAAGGAUGGGUGCAGGGGCCAGGGUAGUACAUGUUAUGCAGCUGCUGCAUGCUAG